AUGGCUAAUUCAAGAGAACAGCCACUCUCUAAAGGUGAUUAUCAUAAUAGAGUUCCAACUCAUAAUUAUAAUAAAACUAUUAAGACAAUCUAUAAUGAUGAACGUAAGGAUCUUGAAAAUUAUGUGUAAAUUCCUAAGAAAAAUAAGGUUCAUUUCGAAACUGAAAAUCAAGUUAGAAAUAAUCAAUAAUAUUAUUAAGACAAUAAUCAAUUUGAUGAUCCAUUUUCAAAUAAUCCAUAUUAUAAUAAAGCUGCUUUAGAUAAGGUUUGUAACAGAUCAAUAAAAACAUAUAUAGAUAAACAAAAUUAGGUUCAAGACAAUAAUGAAUAGUAAAGAGAUAAUCAUAAUUAAAAUUAAUAAAAAUAUAAAUAAAAUGAACCAAUUUCUUAGUAUUAUAAUAAUGAAUAUAGAAAUAGAUAUUAGGAAAUCAAAAAUUAAUAUUAUAAUUAAAAUCAUUAAUAUAAAUCUAUUUUAUCACCAAAAGUAUAUUCCCAAGAUUAAUUUGAUUAAUAAGAAUAGUAGUAAAUACCUUUAAGCAAAUAACAAUCAAAUUAAUAAUUUAAAAACAAGUAAGCAAAUUAAAGUCUUUAUGAAAAUCCUUCAUUUGGAUUAAUUUAAGACUAGUAAUAAAUAUAUUAGCAAUCGUAAAAUUAACCAAUCUAACAAUAAUUUCCUUAUUCAUAAUACCCAUCUCAAGAUCAACCCAGUGAAAAUAAACAAAAAUAUAUUUAAAAUUCAACUAGACAAUAAUAUAAUAAUUCUAAUGAGAAUUAUUCUUAAAUUGAAUUCUAAUAAUAAAAAUAAUGUACUACAUAUUAAACUUAAUCUACUUAACAAUAAUUUUAAGAUUUGCCAAUUCAAAAAUAAUAGUAAUUUCACUAAAGAUUGCAAUAUUUAGAAGAAUUGAAGAGUAGACUACCUAAAUAUGAUAUUUUUUAAUAAUAAGUUGAUACAAGAAUACCAUAAAAUGAACAAUACUAUAGAUAAGUACAAAAUGAGAGAAUAAAUAAAAUUAAUCCAGUUCCUGCUGUUAGUAGAAUGUAAAGACCAAAUGAAAUUGAUUAAGAUAAAUAUUAUUAAGUUUAAGAUCAUCAAAACUAAUAUCCUUAAAAUAAUAGAAAUUAUUUACAUUAAAAAAGAUAAGAUUAUUAGGAUAUUUAAUUUUAGCAUAGAAAUAAUUCUAAUUAAUAUAUUAACCUUUAUAGCUCUAAUUAAUCAAACAAUAUUCGUGAGAAUAAUAAUAAUUAAUCUUAUUAGAGAUAGAACUAUUAAUAAUAAAAGACUAGAACACCUAAUCGAUAUAGAGAAGACAGUUAUGAAAGAGACAAAUAAUGUUUUAUGUAACAAACAUCACAUAUACAUAAAAAUUCAUAAACUAUCAAUUAAAGAAGAUGA